AAAUUCUGUGAUUGGAUGAAUGUUUUGUCUGUUACAUUCAGGACAAAAUGAGGUAGUAGAUAUGGGCAGCUCUAGUACUAAUCUAAGUACUAAUCUAAGCUACGGGCUGUAGCUUGUGCACGGUGGAGCCUGUCAGUGGCUAAAAUUUAUGCUGAAGCCUAUUGAGACGUGCAAAAACAUAUUCUCUGCCAAGAGGAGCUGUCAGUGUGGCUCUUUGCUCUUGUUUUAAAAGAGACAUUUGGUCAAAGUCUGAUUAAACUGCCACUCUUCUGCAGCUGUGGUAGCAGCUUAUAGUACAACUUAACCCCACCUGUAACAAUCCCAAACUCCUGCUGCAACAGGUCUAAGGAAGAGCAAAAAACAUCUUUUCCAUCAAGAACUACUUUCAGUGUGGCUCUUUGCUCUUGUUUUGAUAAGAAAUGUGGUACAGUUUUGAUAAAACUGUAGUUGCAGCUACAUCUGGGCUAACUGCUACAACAGCAGCCACAUCGGCUUACAGUACAAAUAAACCCCACCCGUAACUCUCGCAAAUUCAUACUGAGGCAGGUCAGCAGAAGAGCGAAAACACCUUUCUGUCAUGAAAAGCUUUUAGUGUAGUUUCUUUGCUCGUUAUUUCAAUAAUGUAAUGUGGUCCAGCUCUGCUUAAACUGCAGCUGUACUAAAGCUACAUCAGAGGUAGUUGCUACACUGGUGGCAACCAUUGCUGUUGGCUCCCAGUACGACUGAACACCACCAGUAGUUUCUGCAUUGGUCCCCUCAAAUGACAAUUAUCUGAACUGUUUUCAGGUCUGACACAAUCAUUGCAGAUUGGAGCUUGAUGACAGACAUGGAGUUUUGCAAAUGCAUCUGCUUUGCAUGGUUAGUUUAUUUUAUGUGUUGGAAGAGAUUCUGUGAUACAUGCUCUCAACUCCUCAUAGCAAUCCUAAUGCCUAUUAAAGGCAUAGAAAUAAAAAAAAUAUACAUAUCGAAUUUAUUAAUACAAAAGAAUACAUAUGAUUUGUGGGGAGAAACACAUUUUGUGAUACUCUCAGCACUACACAGUGUGUCUGUAAUGGUUUCAUGAUCAUGUACCUAAAAUCAGUUCAUUACUUGGGAGGAUUAUAUAUAGUUGUAUCGCAUGUCAAAUGCCAUUACUGACAGCUUUUUUGUGUAAGGGUUGAUCGUGGAGAAACAUUCAGUUUUUGAUGUCAUUUUCUUUCUUUAUAUUAGCAAUAUAAAAGAGCAAGAGGAAAUUAUUAUGUUGCAUUUUAUAUGAUGUCUCUUGGGCCUUAGCAUUUUAUGUUAAUAGAAUGAAAGCAGUGUUGAUUCAUGCUGACUCAGCAAAAUUAAUUGCAGAAUAUUCUUGGUUCAAAAAUAUCUUGGUUCUUGAUGUGAAAGUGUGAGUGUCAGAGUCAGGGUGGUUCAGGCAGAUGUGUUUUAGCUAAUACAGUAUGAGAGCAGCUGGGCAGGGCAGGGCUAAUAGACCCAAUGACAUCAUCCAGAAGAGAGAGAGAGAGAGAGAGAGAGAGAGAGAGGGAGCAGAUGAGCGAGCCAGCCUCAUGCAGCAAAAGGAAGCAGGCCGGCUCAGACAGAGUGGAGCGUGGCAUGAGUGUGGGACAGUGUGUGUGCGUGUGUGUGAGCAGGAGAGGAGCGUUCACUUGACAAGGAUAUAGGACUUCAUCUGGAAGAUUUCCUCUCUAGUUUUCUCCCCUUUAUUCCCAUUACACCUCUCCCCCUUCCCUCCCCUUCCCCCCCUUUUCCCUUUUCCCCCUCCUCAUCCUCUGGCAGUCAUCCCCCCUCUCAGCUCCUGCUUCUAACGGCUCCUCCGGGCAUGCUCCUUAAGCCAAAGUAUGACCGCUUCCGCAACGAGUCUGUAACCUCCUCCGACGACCUGAUGCAGAGCUUAGCCAUGAGUGGCAAAGUUGUUGCCACGCCGGUGGUCCCUUCCUCCACCCCCAAUCUCCCUCUGCCUCCUUUGGAUCCCAAUACCAGAUCCUCCUCCUCUGCCGGGGCUGCAGCUCUGGCUGACUCCCCCUGCCUGGAUGGGGAGCAGGAUGCCGCCACUACUUUCUGCAUGCUCAUCCCAAAGAUGCCCCAGUGGAAGUUCUCCAACUCGCUGCUCAGUCGGAGCCCAUCCAACUCCAGCUCCAGCUCCAGCUCUAGCAAGGACUCGGGGAAGGCAGCAGCAGCUCCUUCUCAGAGUUCUCUUUCCUCAUCAUCACACAGGCCCAGUGGUGUGACCUCGGCCAGUGGCCCUGUGGCCAGCCUGGCGGCAGUGCUUAACUCCUGUGACCCUGUGUGUGUCACCCCUUGUUCCUUGCAGGCCAUCCGGGGGCAGAGGGCAGUCGCAGCAGCGAACUCUGCCAAUCCAGGAGGGCAUGGAUUUGGGGCCACUGAGGCCAUGGCGAGCCCAGGGGGACCCAGUAGCUCCAGGUCUGGAAUGAACCGCAGGACAAGGGUGGAGGGCAUGUGGCUUGGGGGAGAGGACUUCAGCCAGAAGGGUAGCUUCAUCCACAAACCCUCUCAAGGGUGGCUUCAUCCUGACAAGAAGAUUGCCGGACCAGGGGCUUCUUAUAUCGUCAGGUACAUGGGCUGCAUAGAAGUACUGAAGUCAAUGCGUUCACUGGACUUCAACACGCGCACUCAGGUGACAAGGGAAGCCAUCAACAGACUGUGUGAUGCUGUGCCAGGAGGGAAGGGGGCAUGGAGGAAGAAGGCCCUGAACAAAGCUCUACAGUCCAUAAUGGGAAAGAGUAACCUGCGAUUUGCAGGCAUGAGUAUUGCAGUGAACAUUUCCAUAGAUGGCCUUGGCCUGCUAAUCCCCACCACACGACAGGUGAUCGCACAUCAUCCCAUGCAGUCUAUCUCCUUUGCCUCAGGGGGAGACACGGACACGCCCGAUUAUGUUGCGUAUGUGGCCAAAGACCCCAUUAACCAGAGAGCUUGUCACAUCCUUGAGUGCUCAGACGGUUUAGCACAGAGUGUUAUCAGCACCAUCGGACAAGCCUUCGAGCUGCAGUUCAAACAGUACCUUCAUAGUCCGCCCAAAACCAUGACAUCCGUGGAGAGGUCUAUGAGGACAGAGGAGCCGAUGUGGGGGGAGGAUGAGGACUCUUCUGAACAUGAUUACUACAACAGCAUCCCUGGGAAGGAGCCUCCUGUUGGGGGAGUGGUGGACUCCCGGCUCAGGCCUAGUGGAUCUCUGCUGGGUCACAUCCACAUUCAGCCACAGGCCAGCAAGACAGCAGCACAGAUGGGCUCACCAGCUAGGAGGGAGCAGGCCUCUUACCCUCCUGGUCAGCUGUGUUAUGAACUUCACUGGGACACAGAGACAACCAGUGGCUCAGAUGGGUACCUGUGUGCAGACGGACAGCCAUCAGGUAGCAGAGAUUAUGAGGAGCAUCAGUACGUCAACACCCAGAGUCUGGAGAACCUGGAUUCACUGGCACAAGGGCCAGAAGGACACAGAGGGUCCAGGGUCCCUGAUAGCCCCAAAAGAGACCUUUUUGAUAUGAGACCCUUUGAGGAUGCUUUGAAGCUCCAUGAGGCCUGUGGUGGAGCCGUCGGGUCCUCUGUCUCUGCUACAGCUGGAGGUGUGCGGGUCAUGGAGGACCAGUGGCCUAGUCCUCCACGCCGUCGAGCCCCUGUGGCCCCAAAUGAGGAGCAGCUCCGCAGGGAGACGUGGUACCACAGCCGCAUGAACAGGCGGGACGCAGAAAGACUCCUGGUCCGGGAUGGAGACUUCCUGGUCCGAGAGAGCACCACGAACCCAGGACAGUACGUGCUGACUGGCAUGCACUGUGGCCUCCCUAAACACCUACUGCUGGUGGACCCAGAGGGAGUGGUCCGAACCAAAGAUAUGUUGUUUGAGAGCAUCAGCCACCUCAUCUCAUACCACCUGCAGAACGAGCUGCCUAUUGUAGCUGCAGAGAGUGAGCUCCAUCUCAAACAGGUGGUCAGGAGGAAACAGUGAGCCAGGAGAGCCUGCAUGGGAUGGUGUUUUCAGUGGGAAUUUAUAGAUGGAUACUUGAACACCCAAUGCAAAAUCCACAAAGGAAAACUAACUGGAAAACAUUUAUCCUGUAUGGAUGUUUUUCUGGAUGCAAGGACACCUCUGAUAAUUUAUUUCUGUGAACAAUUUAACCUAAAGGAACAAUCCCUCUAAUUUCUUCCUGUACUUACUCUGCCUUUGGACCAUCAGGAUCAACCAAACUAUCCCUCAUGUGACAGGAACCUCUCAGCGUACAGCUACAAAGCUGGAAAAACAAAACUGUAUGUGCAGUUUGGCAAAAAAAAAAAAAAAUCAGUCUACCAAUGUUAAAGAAGAUGGACCAAACAUCAGGAAAUUUAUGUCAGGAUUUGAUGCACAGAGAAAUGCCUGUGACAGUGAAAUACUUCCAGUAAAAACCCAUCAUCCACUAUCUGCUGAACAGGUAGAGGACAACCCUGGAACUGAUUAUAUCUGGGACAGAUUCUGAUCAAGAACAGAAUACAUCAGGCUUUUUUUGCAGCUUGUUCUGCAAAAGAAAGAGAACACUAAAUGAAACAUCUGAUAUUAGAAAAGGACUGUUUGUUGUUUGCAGAACUUCAGUAGCUGACUCUGAGAUGGCACAAUGGAGACACUAAACAGAAGUCAGAGUUUGAUUUAUGUAUCAGAAAUUGCAUUUUAUCUUCCUUUAUUUCCACAGAAUCUCACUUAAAAAGAAAUACAUUAUUUUCCUUUUAACCUCCAACUAGACAUGCAGUAUAUCUACUUAGAAACGUGAGGUUUAAUCACAUUUCCCGGAAAUAUCAGUCAUUUAUGUUGUGUUUGUAAGGGCUGUUAGUAAUUUAAAAUGUUGUGUAAGCCUGUAAACCUGUUACUGGUCAAACUGCACUCACAUGAAUCCUUUACUCUGAGUUAAAAGAGUGUCUCUUUAGAAACACUCAGUAUAACCAUGCCUGUACUUCCACAGCCUCUCCUACUUCAGUGCCUUAAAGACUACAGGGACGGGCAUGUGUUUGUGUCAGUGUAUAUAAUGUGCAUUUAUGCUCCUAAUGCAAAACUCUAGUUUUCAUGCCAUGCCAAUGAAUGACUGAACAAACGUCAGGAUGAUUAAGCUCUUAAACCUGUAAACAGUGAUGUAAGCUGCUCUUGUUUUUAGUGUUUUAAACUGUCAUAUUGUGUCAUGAAUGCUGUUGUGUUUAUGUGCACCUCUCACAACAGACCUCCUCAGUUUAAUGCAAGCCAUAAACAGCACUGGAAUGCAGUGAUUGAUGAUAAAGACAGAGGAUUUGGACACUAAAUUGAAUCCAUUAUUCAUCCCAGCUCAGGGGAAAACAACACUGUAUUGAUUGUCCUUGUCCCACGUUUGUCUUUAAAUGUCAGUGACUUGUUUCUGCUUUCCUGGGCAAUUUUAGCAACUGAAUUGUUUAAAAUCCUCCUUGAGGUAUGCCAUAUGUUUAUUAAAUUUCACUUUGUGUAAUGAGCAACAUAUCUUUAGUCAGGCUCGCCACUGUUCUGAGCUGCAGCCUCAUGAAUGCACAGAGGUGAGGUGGGAGACAAGGCCUUUGUUAAUGGGAUUAUUUAUGAUCGCCUGUUUUGCUUUCUCAGGAAUUUCUCUUGGACCUUCUCCUCUUUUAUUAACUUUAAUGGCUUUUUGUCAAUAAAAAUGA